AUAAUGGUGUAGCUAGUUAUUGGGUAUGGAAAUUGCAAAAAUCUUUAAGCAGUGGGUGUUUUUCUGAUACAUACUUACUGUGUGGUUUGAACUAGCAUUUGUUUAUCAGCUCCUAAUCCUAAAUCAGAGAAAAAAAGAUUUUUCUUCCUAGACAACACUUCAUGCGUGAUUUGCUUUCAAGAGAUAUUUUUAAGUAGGAAGAUAAAUAUUUGGGUCACAGAGGUUUGCUGGUUUUCUUUCAGAACUGCUAGUUCACCUCAUCCCCGCUGCAUCCAUAGUCUUUGCAUUUAAAAUGUUCAGGAAAAUGGAAUGUGCUAGGGUUUGGGUCUGGUUUGAGUGUGUCCCUCCAAGGGUUGGAGUUUAAUCCCUAUGGUGAGGCGUUAAGAGGGUGGAAACUCAAUCUGACUAUGGGGUUUAGAGGUGGGGCCUUUGGGAAGGGAUGAGGAUUAGGUGAGGUCAUAAGAGUUGAUCCCAUGAUGGAGUCUUUAUAAGAAGAUGGAGAAAGACCAGAAGAGACUGCAUCGGGACUGCCAGCAAGAAGGCCAUCACCAGAGGCAGCCCCUUGAUUUGGACCAAUACUGAACUUAAACGUUGGUGUCAUCUUUCUUGCUCAGUCUUCAUGAAUGCAAUUAGGAGAGGCCUUCCUCUGUGUCAGAAGAAACCAGGAUCACCAAGGUACCUUUGGACAUUCCUACAAAAGGGUAAGUCCAAGGCCGGCUCUGAAAGAUCUGUACCUGCGUCAAGAUGCUCUGAAGAACAGCAACUACAUCAGGACUGUCUAGUGUUACAAAAUGAUGAAAAGAAUUCUAGUCUCUUCCAUUUUGUUAUCAUCUUGGUGUUAAUACUAAAGAGCAAAAUCCAACUAUCUGACGAAAGUGAAUUUUUAGUUGACAGGUCAAAAACAGGCCUCACCCAUGUUCCCAAUGAUCUCUCUCUUGAAACAACAACCUUAAACAUAUCACACAACUAUAUAUCUGAGCUUCAGGCUUCUGACAUCCUAUCACUAUCAAAGCUGAGGAUUUUGAUAAUUUCUCACAAUAGAAUCCAGUACCUUGAUAUCAGUGUUUUCAGAUUCAACCAGGAAUUGGAGUACUUGGAUUUGUCCCACAACAAGUUGAGGAUGAUUUCUUGCCACCCUACGGUGAACUUUAAGCAUUUAGACCUCUCAUAUAAUACAUUUGAUGCACUGCCCAUAUGCAAAGAGUUUGGCAACAUGUCUCAACUAAAAUUUCUGGGAUUGAGUGCUACACAGUUAGAAAAAUCUAGUGUGCAGCCAAUUGCUCAUUUGAAUAUCAGUAAAAUUUUGCUAGUUUUAGGAGAGACUUAUGGAGAAAAAGAAGACCCUGAGAGUCUUCAAGACUUCAACACAGAGAGUCUGCAUAUUGUUUUCCCUAUGAAAAAGGAAUUCCAUUUUAUUUUGGACAUGUCAGUAAGCGCUGCAGUAAGUUUGGAACUGUCGAAUAUCAAAUGCGUGCUAGAUGAUAAUGAGUGCUCUUAUUUCCUAAUUGCUUUGUCAAAACUUCAAAAGAAUCCAAGGCUAUUGAAUCUUACUUUAAACAACAUUGAAACAAGUUGGAAUCCAUUCAUUAAUAUCCUCCAGUUGGUUUGGCCAACAACCAUAGAGUAUGUUUUCAUUUCAAAUGUGAAACUACAAGGUAAACUUGACUUCAGGAAUUUUGAUUAUUCUCACACUUCCCUGAAGGCCUUGUCAAUACACCAAGUUGUCAGUGAUGUCUUCAACUUCCCACAAAGUAACAUCUACAAGAUCUUUUCAAAUAUGAAUAUCCAGAACUUCACAGUGUCUGGUACACACAUGAUCCAUAUGCUUUGCCCAUCCCAAAUUAGCCCAUUUCUGCAUUUGGAUUUUUCCAAUAAUCUCUUAACAGAUAUGGUUUUUAAAAAUUGUGGAAACUUAAUUGAGUUGAAAACACUUAGUUUACAAAUGAAUCAAUUAAAAGAACUUGCAAACAUAAUUCAUAUGACAGAGGAGAUGAAGUCUCUGCAACAAUUGGAUGUUAGCCAGAAUUCUUUAAGGUAUGAAGAAGAUGAGAAAAAGUGCUGUUGGACUAAAAGUUUAUUAAGUUUAAAUAUGUCUUCAAAUAUACUUACUGACUCUGUUUUCAGAUGUUUGCCUCCCAAGGUCAAGGUACUUGAUCUUCACAAUAACAGAAUAAUGAACAUCCCUAAAGAUGUCACCCAUCUGGAAGCUUUGCAAGAACUCAACGUAGCAUUCAAUUCUUUAGCCGACCUUCCUGGGUGUGGUACCUUCAGCAGCCUUUCUAUACUGAUCAUUGAGCAUAAUUCGGUUUCCCAGCCAUCAGCUGAUUUCUUCCAGAGUUGCCAGAAGAUUAAGUCAAUCAAAGCAGGGAACAACCCUUUCCAAUGUACAUGUGAGCUAAGAGACUUUGUCCAACAUCUAGGCCAACUACCAAGAGAAGUGGUAGAGGGCUGGCCUGAUGCCUAUAACUGUGACUACCCAGAAAGCUAUAAGGGAACCCCACUAAAGGACUUCCAUGUGUCUCCAUUAUCCUGUAACACAGGUCUGCUGAUUGUCACCAUCGGGGCCAUCGUGCUGGUGUUGGCUGGUACUGUGACCUUCCUCUGCCUGUACUUGGAUCUGCCCUGGUAUCUCAGGAUGGUGUGUCAGUGGGCCCAGACUCGGCACAGGACUAGGAAUGUCCCCUUGGAGGAACUCCAAAAUACUCUCCGGUUCCAUGCUUUUAUUUCAUACAGUGAACAUGAUUCUGCCUGGGUAAAGAGUGAAUUACUACCAAACCUAGAAAAAGAAGAUAUACAGAUCUGUCUCCAUGAGAGAAACUUUGUUCCUGGCAAGAGCAUUGUGGAAAAUAUUAUAAAUUGUAUUGAGAAGAGCUACAAGUCCAUCUUUGUUUUGUCCCCCAACUUUAUCCAGAGUGAGUGGUGCCAUUAUGAGCUCUACUUUGCCCACCACAAUCUCCUCCAUAAAGCUUUUGAUAGCUUAAUUCUGAUCUUGCUAGAACCCAUCCCACAGUACUCCAUUCCCAGCAACUACCACAAGCUCAAAACUCUUAUGGCAAGAAGAACUUAUUUGGAAUGGCCCACGGAGAAGAGCAAACAUGGACUUUUUUGGGCAAACUUAAGAGCAGCCAUUCACAUUAAGUUGACAGCCCAAGGAAAAGAAAUAAAUCAUAGACAGAGCUGAAAAUAUUCCUCUUCUCAAAGUUGCUGUUUUUGGAAGUUCCAACAAUGACUUUAUUUGUAUCAACAUAAAUCUAAACAGGAUUUUAACUUCAUGAUGUAGUUAAUAAUGUGUAAUUUCAGUCCUCAGUUCACCCUUUAUAU